AUGUUUUCUUAUCUUCUACAAUUCUUAUUAUUAUGGGAAUUGGCAAGUUACACUGAAGCGUAUUGGAUUCGAGAUCUUUCUUAUUGUCCACGUAAACGUGAAGUAACACGACAACGUCAAUGUUUUAAAUCAUGUUUUGAUGAUAGCGAUUGUCAAAGUCGAUAUCGUUCAUGUGUAUGUGAUUAUGAUUGUGGCAUGUCAUGUGUAAAACGAGGUAUCACUUGUCCGUUUUUAACUCCUCCGGAUCAUGGAAAUAUAAUCUAUUCAAAUGGAAAUAGAUUUGGUUCACGUGCUACAUAUGAAUGUGACACAGGUUAUGUACUUGAAGGUUCAAAAUAUCGACAUUGUCAAGGUGAUAUGUGGUGGGGUCCAAGCAAUUCUGUACCUUAUUGUGCGAAAGAAGUUUUUUGUAAUCAACCACCAGAUAUAAUGAAUGCAGUUAACGAUGUUCCGAGUACAAUUACAACAUUUCAUGCUGGUUAUUCAGUUAAAUAUACAUGUUUAACGGGUUAUGCUGGAAAUGGUACAACAACAUCAGAAUGUACUUUUUUAGGUCAAUGGACAUUUGCAACAUUAAAAUGUGCUCCUAUUGAUUGUGAUUCACCGGGUAUAUUACGUAAUGGAUUUUUAAGUGGUGAACGAUUCGAUUAUCCAAAUAUCAUAGCAUUCUUUUGUAAUGAUGGUUUUGAACUUAUUGGAAAGGAUACAACAAGAGCUUGUCAAGAAAAUGGUUUAUGGUCUGGUACAAUGCCUUUUUGUCAAAAAAAAGCCUGUGGGCCACCUCCAUUAGUUUCUCAUGGUCAAAUAAUUCAACCUGAUCGAACAACAAAUGAAACAGUUCAAUAUAUAUGUCAAGAUGGAUAUCAAUUACAUGGAUCAUCAAUUUUAAAAUGUAUAUUAUCUCAAUGGCAACCUACACCACCAAUAUGUGAACCAAUAACAUGUGAUGAUCCUCAAACAAAUUUUAAUGGUUAUAUUGAAUCUUUAUCAAAUAAUAACUCAUCAAAAUAUUUAAUUGAUACAAUAGUAAGAUUUCAUUGUUCAUCAGAUUUAAUAUUACGAGGUUCACGUAUAUCCAAAUGUCAAUUUAAUGGAAGUUGGCUACCAAAAAUUCCCAACUGUGAAAAACCCAUACCUUGUUCAAUUCCAUCGUUACCUCCAAAUGGUCGUUAUCGAAAUUUUCGUCCAUUUAUACAACAAAUUGAUGAUGGUAGUCAAUUAGAAUAUGUAUGUGGCAAUUCUCGAUAUCGUCGUCGAAUAUUUUGUCGACAAGGAAAAAUUUUACCACGAAUGCCAAAAUGUUUUAAUGAUUGUCGAGUUGAAGAUGAACAAAUAAAAUUUUCAAAAAAAAAUUAUCGUCAUAGAGAAAAAGUUUAUUUUACUUGUAAUAAUCAUAGUUUACCUUCAAUAAACAAUGAAACAAUACUUUGUAUUAAUGGAAAUCUUUCUAAACAACCUGUUUGUCAACCGAUUCUGACAAUGAUGUGUGUCGUUCCUCACACACUUUUUCUACGUAAUAUUGUAAAUACAACAAUUUCAUCUGGAACAUCAUUUCAAAUUGGUUCAUCAUUUUCAUAUACAUGUAUUCAAGAUUAUCAACCAGUUAAUCAAUCAGCAACCGUUGAAUGUCUUGACGAUGGAAAAUUAUCACAUCAUGCACAUUGUGUACCAAAAUCAUGUAAAGAACAUCCACCAGUAAUAAAUAAUGGUCGAACAAUAUUUCAUUCAACAACACAUGGUUCUAUGGCACGAUAUAAAUGUUUUCCAGGUUACAAACUAGAAAAUAAUAAUCUAGUAAAAUUAACAUGUCAAUUUGGUUUAUGGUUACCAAAACAACUACCCAAAUGUUUGCCGAUUUUUUGUCCUAAUCCUGGCCCGCUGUUAAAUGGACGAAUAUAUGUUGUACUUAAAGAUGAACGUGUGUCACCAUUACCAAUUCGAAGUGAAUUUCGUUCUUACAUACCAAACGUUAGUCAUGGUCGAACCAUUGAAUUUGAAUGUAAUUCAGGCUAUGUUCUUCAUGGACCAACUGGAUUAACCUGUAAUCAUGGUCGAUGGAUGCCUAAUGAAAGACCACGCUGUGUUACUGGUGAAUUCUAA